CGUCGUCGUUCCCGCGGCGCCCAGGGUACCCCAGUGGCUCUCUUCCUGUCUUCCCCCAUUACUACGCAGGCUUUGUCACCGCAUUAAGGCAUUCCCGCUCUCCGCGGAACCGCUCUGCCAUCUCGGCGGUGAAAGGGUGAGAGGGCCAGUGUUUGGGUCAACUUUGACUCCUCCCACCCGUCCGGAUCGUUAAGGGCCUCCUCGUCCUCCAGGGCUCCGGUCGCUGCGGGGUCUGUGAGCAGGUCCGCGACCGCCCUCGUUCUGCCAUGGGCGCCUCCAGUUCCUCCGCGCUGGCCCGCCUCGGCCUCCCAGCCCAGGCCCGGCCCAGGUGGCUUGGGGUCGCGGUGCUGGGACUGGCCGCGGUGGCGCUGGGGGCUGUCGCCUGGCGCCGAGCAUGGCCCAGGCGGCGCCGGCGGCUGCAGCAGGUGGGCACCGUAGCGAAGCUCUGGAUCUAUCCGGUGAAAUCCUGCAAGGGGGUGCCCGUGAGCGAGGCGGAGUGCACGGCCAUGGGGCUGCGCAGUGGCAACCUGCGGGACAGGUUUUGGCUUGUGAUCAACCAGGAGGGAAACAUGGUUACCGCUCGCCAGGAACCUCGCCUGGUCCUGAUUUCCCUGACCUGUGAUGGUGACAUCCUGACUCUCAGUGCAGCCUACACAAAGGAUCUACUACUGCCCAUCAAAACGCCCACCACAAAUGCAGUGCGCAAGUGCAGAGUGCAUGGCCUGGAGAUUGAGGGCAGAGACUGUGGUGAGGCCGCCGCCCAGUGGAUAACCAGCUUCCUGAAGUCACAGUCCUACCGCCUGGUGCACUUCGAGCCUCACAUGCGACCGAGACAUCCUCACCAAAUAGCAGACUUGUUCCGACCCAAGGACCAGAUUGCUUACUCAGACACCAGCCCAUUCAUGAUCCUUUCUGAGGCGUCGCUAGCGGAUCUCAACUCCAGGCUAGAGAAGAAAGUUAAAGCAACCAACUUCAGGCCCAAUAUUGUAAUUUCAGGAUGCGAUGUCUAUGCAGAGGAUUCUUGGGACGAGCUUCUUAUUGGUGACGUGGAACUGAAAAGGUUGAUGGCUUGUUCCAGAUGCAUUUUAACCACAGUGGACCCAGACACCGGCGUCAUGAGCAGGAAGGAGCCGCUGGAAACACUGAAGAGUUAUCGCCAGUGUGACCCUUCAGAACGAAAGUUAUAUGGAAAAUCACCACUCUUUGGGCAGUAUUUUGUGCUGGAAAACCCAGGGACCAUCAAAGUGGGAGACCCUGUGUACCUGCUGGGCCAGUAAUGGGAACUGUAUGUCCUGGAAUAUUAGAUGCCUUUAAAAAAUGUUCUCAAAAAUGACAACACUUGAAGCAUGGUGUUUCAGAACUGAGACCUCAACAUUUUCUUUAAAUUUGUGAUUUUCACAUUUUUCUUCUUUUAGACUUCUCGUGUCUCAAUGCUUCAAUGUCCCAGUGCACAAAGCAAAGAAAUACAGUCUUGAUAACUUAGUAGGCUUUCAGUAAGACACUUAGGUGACAAGACAGGAUUCUGAAAACUCCCUGUUUAACUGAUUAUGGAAUAGUUCUUUCUCCUGCUUUGCCAUUUAUCUACCAAGAGUGCAGACUUCCAUCCUGUCACUACCACUCAUUAGGGAAAGAGAAGAAGAGAAAGAGGAAGAGUGGGUAGGCCAGAAGAAUGUCCUAGAAUGUGUUAUUACCCCUGUGCAUGAGGUAUGCAAUGAAAAUUAAAUAGCUCCCCAAAUAUGGCUGGAAUGUCACUUGCCUUUUCUUCUGAAGCCCCGGGCUAGCUUUUGAAAUGGCAUAAAGACUGAGGUGACCUUCAGGAAGCACUUCAGAUAUUAAUUUUCCAUAGAUCUGGAUCUGGCCCCGCUGCUUCUCAGACAGCAUUGGAUUUCCUAAAGGUGCUCGGGAGGGUGGUUGUGUAGUCACGGAGGACCCCUGGAUCCUUGCCAUUCCCCUCAGCUAAUGACUGAGUGCUCCUUCUCCAGUUCUGGGUGAAAAAGUUCUGAAGUCUGUGGAGGAGAAGAAAAGUGAUUCAGUGAUUUCAAAUGGAUACUGAAAACCUUUAAAGGGGGAAAAGGAAAGCGUAUGUCAGUUGUUUAAAACCCAAUAUCUACUUUUUUAACUGAUUGCAUAACUCUAAGAUCUGAUGAAGUAUAUUUUUUAUUGCCAUUUUGUCCUUUGAUUGUAUUGGGAAGUUGACUAAACUUGAAAAAUGUUUUUAAAACUGUGAAUAAAUGGAAGCUACUUUGACUAGUUUC